UCUUGGAAGGAUAUUCUUUAAGAAGAUAUCUUUUGUAUGUGAAAAUUCAGCAAAUCUGGACCAAAAAUGGCAUCGAAUUUGAAGACAAAGGCCCCUCUAACGGGAAGUACAGGUGACCUAGAAAAGACUGAAAAGUGUUCAGGCGAUCAAGGUAACAUUGACAAAGAGGUAUCUAUUGAGGCGUUUAAGAAUUUGCAAGAGAGUGUAGAAGCGAUCUCGUCUAAUCUAAAAUAUGUAGCUGAACAGUCUGAGAGUAAUUAUGAUGAAAUGUAUUUCAUUCGAUCUGAAAAUACUCAGUUAAGACGAGAAGUGGAUUUGUUACGUGCCAUGCUUAUCAAAAUGGACAGGAAAAUAAAUCACAUGGAAUCCGAAAUUACUGAUUUACGCUCCAGAUCAAUGCGGGAUAACAUCCUUAUACACAAUUUUGCAUACACCCAGGGUGAAAACCUAAAUAAACGUGUUCCUGAAGUUUUAUUGGAAACUCUAGGUGUAGAGGUUGACUUUGUACGUAUUCAUAGAAACAGUGUGAGGGGGGUUGUCAACUCGAGACCUGUGUCAAUAACAGGAAAACUGAGGGAUCGUACUAAAAAAGAUGAAUUGCUUCGGGCCCAGAAGGCUAAAAAAAGUGAAAAUGUAAACCUCCCGUUCUUUAUAACAUCCCAAGAACCAGCCUCUGUAGUAGAGGAACGUAAACGUUUGUAUGCAAUUUCAGAUUCAUUGCGAAAACAAAACAUUAAAUCUAAGAUUGAGAAGGGGGCUGUUAUAAUGCCGGACGGUAAAAAGUAUCAGGAUCCGAUUCCCAAACUUGAAGCUGCUGAUGCCCUCCAGAUCCCCGUCGAUGAAGUACAAAUUCUGGAUGAUGUUAAGGUAGAAUGUACGGAACCAACUAAGAUCCGCGGAUCAGAAAUAUUCGCCACAGGGAAAAGUGUAUGUUCGGUGACAGAAGUAGAAACACUAUAUAAAAAAGUCUGUACUGACGCAUACUCCGCUGCUGCUGACCACCGCAUUCUGGUCUACAGAUUUAUGGAAACGAGUGGGAGACUGUGUGAGGGAUACUGGGACGACGGUGAACAUGGUGCGGGACGUCGGCUUCUGCAAUAUAUGCAGUCAAACGAGAUACUCAAUGCCGGUGCUGUCAUAACCCGUUGGAGUGGUCCUGUUCGACUGGGACAAGAGCGAUUCAAGAUUAUGGAGGACCAUCUUUGUGAUUUAGCAAAUCUGAUACAAGGGUAAUGGUAAAGCAGAUUUAAUAAUGUGCUUAUCAAGGUAAAAAAUGAACACUGAAAU